AUGCAGGGAAAAAAUUUCACAGGAGUGACAGAAUUCAUCUUCCUGGGAUUCUCUAUCUUUGGAAAGCACCAGAUAACCCUCUUCCUGGUUUUCCUAACCAUCUACGUUUUAACGCUGGCUGGUAACAUCAUCAUUGUGACUAUCAUCUGCAUUGAUCAUCAUCUCCACAUUUCCAUGUACUUCUUCCUGAGCAUGCUAGCUAGUUCAGAAACAGUGUACACACUGGUCGUUGUCCCAUGAAUGCUUUCCAGUCUCCUUUUUCAUAACCAGCCCAUCUCCUUGGCAGGUUGUGCAACCCAGAUGUUCUUUUUUGUCAUCUUGGCCACUAAUAACUGCUUUUUGCUCACAGUGAUGGGCUAUGACCACUAUGUGGCCAUCUGCAAGCCCCUGAUGUACAUGGUCAUCAUGAGCAAAGGAACGUGUGCCCGGUUGGUAUGUGGGUCCUUUGGCACUGGUCUGGUUAUGGCAGUUCUCCAUGUGACAGCCAUGUUUAAUUUGCCCUUCUGUAGCACAGUGGUGAAUCACUUCUUCUGUGACAUUUACCCAGUCAUGAAACUUUCUUGCACUGAUACCACUAUCAAUGAGAUAAUCAAUUAUGGUGUAAGUUUAUUUGUGAUUUUUGUGCCUGUGGGCUUGAUUUCCAUCUCCUACAUCCUUAUUAUCUCCUCCAUCCUUAAGAUUGCCUCAGCCAAGGGCCGGAAUAAGACCUUUGCCACCUGUGCCUCCCACCUCACUGUGGUCAUUGUCCACUAUGGCUGUGCCUCCACUGCCUACCUCAAGCCCAAGUCAGAAAACUCAAUAGAAAAAGAACUUCUUCUCUCUGUGACUUACACCAUCAUCCCUCCUCUGCUGAACCCUGUUGUUUACAGUCUAAGGAACAAGGAGGUCAAGGAUGCCCUAUGCAGAGCUGUGGGCAAAAACAUUGCUUAA